AUGAACGCCCCAGACAGAUUCGAGUUGUUCAUUCUCGGAGAAGGCGAGAAGAAGGUCUCCGAGGCAGCAGAUACCCGUACCUCCGAUAGCUCGGUGUUCACAUUCAACAAGGAAGACCACACACUUGCCAACAUCCUCCGCGCGCAUCUCGUCAAAGACCCCCAUGUCUUGUUCGCCGGCUACAAAAUCCCACACCCUCUCUUCGCCAAGUUCGAGCUCCGCGUACAAACCGAUGGCACAGUUUCGCCAAAAGAGGCACUGGUGAAAUGCUGCAAGGAGUUGGUCGCUGAAAUGGAGACUCUGAGUCGAGAGUUCACGAAGGAGUACGAGCUGCGAAAGAUGGUCAGUGGGGACGCUGGCGAUAACUGA